AUGCCAAAAUACAGUGCAAAGCAACAAACAGUUGCUGCCUUAAAGAAAUUGCAUAAAAUCAGAAAAUUUGUAGCAAAGAAAAAAAAAAGUCUGGUACAAUCUUUAUCAGCAAGCGCAGAUGAGCUGUUGAAAAAUAUUUCAGAAGUCCUUGAAGAGAAAGUUGAUGCAGAGUUAAAGAAGAUAGCUGUUGUGAAGGAUCUUGAGCAGAACCUUCAAGCCAACAGAUACUUACACAAGGGUGACAAUACAUUGCCAAAGCUUAAAUCAAAGGAAGAAAAACUUGCUUUCCUUGAAGACCUAGAUGCAGAUGGGUUCAAAGAAGAAAUCAGAAUGUUCAAAAGCUCGUUUAAUAAGCUAUACAAGAUAAUCAAAGACUGUUCUUUAUAUAAGUCACUGAAAGGACAUAAGCAGACUGAUGUAAAGCUUCAAUUAGCUUUGGUCUUGGAGAGACUUGGCUCAGAUGAGAAUGCUGUAUCCUUGUUAUAUUUUUAG